AUGUUUUUUUCUCCAGCUGUAGGCGUCGAAAUACACAAUCGGGAUUCCACUUGGAAUCCUGAGCAAUGGCAUGAAAUGGCUGAGGUUUCGUCAAACGAUGACUCAUCAGAUGAAAAAGAAGUUGAUGUGCACGUGUUAAAGGCCUACAAUGAGACUAUGACAAGGAUUGCUUCACUCACAGAACAAAAAGUUAAACAUGUUUCCGUUGGGCUUUCAAAGGAAUGGGAAGAAGCAACGGCAAAUGAAAAAGCCCUAUGUUUAGAUCACGUGGAAGAGGCAUGUCGCGCUGUUUGCAAUGUAAUCGCUCCACGAGACAGCGAGGAGUUAUUGCAAGCCUUUAAGACCCCGGCAGUAAAUGAAGUUUUCUCGGAUGACUUGACCACAAACAGGCACCUUCGAAAAACCUGAAAACCCAGAUCUUGAGCAUAUAUGCACCGCGCUAUUCAGCGAGAUUCUUAAAAAAAAUUCACGAGCCCUUUGAAAAACUGAGCGAUCGACAAAUUAAGAAGGCAAGGGCUCAUGCCAAAAAUGUCGGAGCUGGCUUUAACCUCAACAAAAUGCCACACCACAGAGUCCGAAUAGACUUGGUGAAACUUGACUCUGGGGAUCAUCUCGUCAUGCCAAAUGUCAUCAGAAUUGUUGGACGAUCAACGAUGAUUGAACAGUAUCUUAAACACUGUUGCGAGGAAGAUUUCGACCCCCUUGGAAAAUCAACGCUUUACAGAAUUUUGCAAGUAAGAGAGGCCUCUCAAAGGCGGUCCCUUCAAGGGCUAGACAACACUGCAGUAAGCGGAGCGGAAGGGUUCGAAGCAAUGCACAAGAUAGUAAAGGAAUUGGAGGAGGGUGGGGCAACUGAAAAGUGGUGUGAAGAAGUUCGAAGAACACUGAAGGAUGCCAAGCGAUACCUGAAGACAGAGUAUGGGGUGCACUGUCAGGAAGAUGGUAGUCCUUGCCCUGACCAUUGUAUGUGUUUUUCUUUAAGUGAUCCUCAAAACCCCUAGUUUCAAGGAAGUUGUUCCCAUAAACAUCAAGUUAGCUGUGAUAGUUGCGAAAGUUUGAAAUCCGUGAUUCAGGCAAUUGGAAAAGAAAUUGAAUCUCCUUCGAAAACUUUUGACAACAUAGAGAAGAAAGAGGACCUGAAACACGACCAUGAUGAAGCCAGAGAGGCGAUUUUUCAGUGGAAGGCGCACAUCAUCAGGACUAAGAACCAGGAGAGAGCAAAACAGAAUUUGCUCACGUCCCUCCAAAAGAAUGCCUCCCUUAUUGUCAUGGACUGGGCCAUGAAGUUCAUCCAACUGAAAUACAGAGAAAAGCAGUCUGAGUGGUUCGGAAAGAGAGGAAUAAAUUGGCAUGUUAGUUCAGUUAUUACGAGGAAUGCAGAGGACAACGGCCUUGAGAUUAUGUCAUAUGUUCAUCUAUUCGAAAGCUGUGCCCAAGACUGGUAUACGGUUUGCGCAAUUCUGGAAAACCUUCUCGGCAACAUCAAACAGAUCAAGCCUACCGUAAACGAGGUAUUUUUGCGAUCAGAUGGCGCAAGCUGUUACCACAACAAUAAUCUAAUUGCAGCUGCUUCUAACGUUGGCACAAGCGUUGGAAUCAAGGUGAUGAGGUAAGUUGAAAAUGCUUUUUAGAUUACAACACGAACACAUUCUUCAAAGUUGCAUGCGCCUUCCAAAAGCAUGCGAACUCUUGGCUUGAUCGACUUCAGAACUUAACUUUCAUGCUGUUUCUGUUCAUUAUAGUAAGUGGUAUCUCAGAGCCGAGACAAACAAAAUAGAUCAAAAUCUUUUGAUAAUAUACUGCAGGAAUGUAAUUAUCCUCUGAACCCUUGAAACAUCGUAUACUGUCGAACCCCUGUUUAAAAGCGAAUUAAAACGCAUUUUUGUUAAACCGCAGUAGUUUACUUAUAAUUGUUCUAUGCAAAGUACAAGUAGCGAAUGAAUGCUUACCUUUCUCAAAGGGCAUCCUGGGAGAAUUCAAGUAGGUUUAUCUAUUUACCGUGUUGUCCUUUUGUUGCCUCUUCUUUAGAAUCGUUAUAAGUAUAAUUUUCAUUUUAACAUUUUCAUGAUGGGCAGAAUGUGCUGGUAGAGGCAGGAACAUACACUGAACUUACGUAGCAACAUCUGUAUUAGUAUGACAGGUAUUGAUAGAUCAGUUAUUCUAACUGAGACACUUCCUUUCCUUAUUCUAAAGGUAUGAUUUUUCUGAACCACAAUCUGGCAAGGAUGUUUGCGAUCGCAUCAUCAGUCCAAUGAAAGGGGUAAUUCGUAGAUACUGCAAUGAAGGCCAUAACAUUUUGACAGCUGCUGACAUGCACGAGGCAUUGAAAGUGAGACAAGUGAAGGGGUGA